AUGGGACGUUACGCAGUGGGAAUGCGUGCUUCUAGAUGCCUUGCAUUAUGUUCGUUCCUCAUGUGCAUCGCUACUAACACGACAUCAUACGAGAGCGCGAAUUUGCUGACCACGGGUUCGUGGUUCGAACCCGACAUCGUCUACUCCAGGCCCCAUUCUGUUAAAAAGGAUCCGUUAGUGGAAGAGGUGGAACUUGUUAAUUGCAACCCGCAGUAUGCUGCAUUCCUUUCCCUAGCGGAAAGGAAGAAACCGUUUCUAUUAUGCAUCUGGCACCCAGAUCAUAAAAUAUCUCAAGGGAAAUUCAUGGUUGUACGUGUGGCGGCUCCUCAAGAUGAGACUCACAGUCGAUUGAUCCUCCUGGGGGCGAAACGGCCCUACCAGAACAACUCAGUGAAGUUCCAGAGAAUGCUCUGA